UAAAAGGAGAGGACUAAGACAUCUAAACAAAUUUUAACGAACGAGCUCAUACGAAACACAAGUUACACAUACGUUGAAGUGUGAAACGAACGAAUUUCGCGUUAAAUGAAAGUUAAUAAUAUAACACAAAAAUAAACAACACCUGUUCAAAAUGAGGAUCAUUUAUUUACUUCUCCUUGUGUCUUUGUUUUGUCUGGUGAGCGCGAAAUAUUUGCCAGAUGAAAAUGCUUCAAGCAUUUUGUUAAGGCAGCCAAGAUCUGCAUCAGAUGAAUCAAAUACUUCGACAGAAGAAACUGAAGAAGACAACACCAACGAGAACGAUGACGAUUCAUGGGAGCGCAAACAAGUCGAAGAGCAGUUAAAACUUCAAGAGAAAAGAGAUAAAGCAGAACGAAAACGACUAGAAAAAGAACGGAAACUGCAAGAAAAACAAGAAGAGCAGCAACGUAAACUUCAGGAAAAAUUGGCAAAGGAAGAACUUAAGCGACAGGAAGAAGAAAUUAAAAGACAAGAAAAAUUGGCAAAGGAAGAGCUUAAACGCCAAGAACAGGAAAUAAAGAGACAAGAAAAAUUGGCAAAAGAAGAGCGUAAGCGUCAGGAGCAAGAAUUAAAAAGACAAGAAAAACUAGCCAAAGAGGAGCGUAAACGACAGGAACAAGAGCUAAAGUUACAAGAAAAACUUGCAGAAGAAGAACGCGAACGUGAACAAGAAGUCCAAGAACAGCUAGAAGAUAUUCAAAAGAAAGCUGAGGAAGAAACUAAACCGGUGAUUGACAACUCUGUGGAGUCGACAGAAGAAAAUGACCAAAUGGAUUUGGAAGAUAUUUGGAAAAGUUAUGUGUAUUCCAAGUACGGUUUAUCUGCUAACAGCAGCGAAUUGGAAAAAGAUGCUGCAAUCAACAGAUAUAUUGUAAACGAACUUGGUGUUAAUGUUAAUAGUACUAAAGCCGAAUACCGCCAAGCCGUUUUACAACUGGUACAAAAUAGAUUAUUAAAUAACUCGGCUUCACAAGAUAGUUUCCAUAGCUACCUGGUCAGUCAUGUAAAUGCUGUAUAUAUCCAGCGGCUAAGUGCAGAACUAGAAACUAAGAUAGCUGAAUUAGAUAAUGAUACAGCACUGCUGCAAAAUAUUAGUUUACCUUGGGUAACUCAGGCGAAGCAGUCUAUAGAACAAAAGAGAACAAUUCUCCAAACUGUUGUUCAAUUUUUAUCUAAUGUUUUACCUAGUUGGAUAACUGGAGGACAAGCCUCUUCGCCUAGUGCUAAUGUUCCAAAUGCAGGCUCAUCUGCUGCUGCCGUUUCCGGUUCAUCUUCCUCUACCACUGGUGUUGCCCAAGGAUCUACUUCCACUAAUGAUGUAUCCGGGAAUGCUUUAGGUACAAGUGCUUCAACUGGUAACAGCGUUUCGGUAAAUGAUAUUUCUGCUCCCUCCGUACCCGCUGCCUCUGAUGCCAGUGCCUCAGUAGCUGGCUCAUCUGCCCCUGCUGCCUCUGACGCUAGCGCCUCAGUAGCUGGCUCAUCUGGACCCGCUGCCUCUGACGCUAGCGCCUCAGUAGCUGGCUCAUCUGACCCUGCUGCCUCUGACGCUAGCGCCUCAGUAGCUGGCUCAUCUGGACCCGCUGGCUCAUCUGGACCCGCUGCCUCUGACGCUAGCGCCUCAGUAGCUGGCUCAUCUGGACCCGCUGCCUCUGACGCUAGCGCCUCAGUAGCUGGCUCAUCUGGACCCGCUGCCUCUGACGCUAGCGCCUCAGUAGCUGGCUCAUCUGGACCCGCUGCCUCUGACGCUAGCGCCUCAGUAGCUGGCUCAUCUGGACCCGCUGCCUCUGACGCUAGCGCCUCAGUAGCUGGCUCAUCUGGACCCGCUGCCUCUGACGCUAGCGCCUCAGUAGCUGGCUCAUCUGGAUCUUCUGCCUCUGACGCAAGCGCCUCAGUAGCUGGCUCAUCUGCCCCCGCUGCCUCUGACGCUAGCGCCUCAGUAGCUGGCUCAUCUGGACCCGCUGCCUCUGACGCUAGCGCCUCAGUAGCUGGCUCAUCUGGACCCGCUGCCUCUGCCAGCGCCUCAGUAGCCGGCUCAUCUGGAUCUUCUGCCUCUGACGCUAGCGCCUCAGUAGCUGGCUCAUCUGCCCCGCUGCCUCUGACGCUAGCGCCUCACGCCUCAGUAGCUGGCUCAUCUGGACCCGCUGCCUCUGACGCUAGCGCCUCAGUAGCUGGCUCAUCUGGACCCGCUGCCUCUGACGCUAGCGCCUCAGUAGCUGGCUCAUCUGCCCCUGCUGCCUCUGACGCAAGCGCCUCAGUAGCUGGCUCAUCUGGAUCUUCUGCCUCUGAAGCAAGCGCCUCAGUAGCUGGCUCAUCUGCCCCCGCUGCCUCUGAUGCCAGUGCCUCAGUAGCUGGCUCAUCUGCCCCCGCUGCCUCUGAGGCUAGCGCCUCAGUAGCUGGCUCAUCUGGAUCUUCUGCUUCUGACGCAAGCGCCUCAUGCCUCAGUAGCUGGCUCAUCUGCCCCGCUGCCUCUGACGCUAGCGCCUCAGUAGCUGGCUCAUCUGCCCCGCUGCCUCUGCCAGCGCCUCUGGCCCUGCUCUCCAUGCCUGCCUCAGUAGCUGGCUCAUCUGCCCCCCUCUGCCAGUCCUCCCCUGCCUCUGAUGCCAGUGCUAUCUGCGCUCCAGUAGCUGGCUCAUCUGGACCUGCUGCCUCUGACGCUAGCGCUUCAGUAUCUGGCUCAUCUGGACCCGCUGCCUCUGAUGCCAGUGCCUCAGUAGCUGGCUCAUCUGGAUCCUCUGCCUCUGACGCUAGCGCCUCAGUAGCUGGCUCAUCUGGACCCGCUGCCUCUGACGCUAGCGCCUCAGUAUCUGGCUCAUCUGCCCCCGCUGCCUCUGACGCUAGCGCCUCAGUAGCUGGCUCAUCUGGACCCGCUGCCUCUGAUGCCAGUGCCUCAGUAGCUGGCUCAUCUGCCCCCGCUGCCUCUGAUGCCAGUGCCUCAGUAGCUGGCUCAUCUGGAUCCUCUGCCUCUGACGCUAGCGCCUCAGUAGCUGGCUCAUCUGGACCCGCUGCCUCUGACGCUAGCGCUUCAGUAUCUGGCUCAUCUGCCCCCGCUGCCUCUGAUGCCAGUGCCUCAGUAGCUGGCUCAUCUGGAUCCUCUGCCUCUGACGCUAGCGCCUCAGUAGCUGGCUCAUCUGGACCCGCUGCCUCUGACGCUAGCGCCUCAGUAUCUGGCUCAUCUGGACCCGCUGCCUCUGACGCUAGCGCCUCAGUAGCUGGCUCAUCUGUACCUGCAGCCGCUGAUGUAAGCAACUCUGUAUCUGUUUCAUCUGGACCCGCCGCCGCAGAUGCUAGCGUCUCAGGAGAUGCUCAGUCAGCCCAAGCCUCCACUGAUGCUGUCAACGCAGUAGUUGUUCCAGCCGCUGCUGACGCAUCCAACUCAGUAGUUGUUGCAUCUGAGCCCGCCGCUGCUGAUACUUCGAGCUCAGUAGUUGUUGCAUCUGAGCCCGCCGCUGCUGAUGCUUCGAGCUCAGUAGUUGUUGCAUCUGAGCCCGCCGCUGCUGAUGCUUCGAGCUCAGUAGUUGUUGUUUCUGAGCCCGCCGCUGCUGAUGCUUCGAGCUCAGUAGUUGUUGUUUCUGAGCCCGCCGCUGCUGAUGCUUCGAGCUCAGUAGUUGUUGUUUCUGAGCCCGCUGCUACUGAUGCUUCGAGCUCAGUAGUUGUUGUUUCUGAGCCCGCCGCUGCUGAUGCUUCGAGCUCAGUAGCUGUCCCAUCUGAACCCACCGCUGCUGACGCAUCCAACUCAGUAGUUGUUGCAUCUGAACCCGCCGCCGCUGACGCAUCCAACUCAGUAGUUGUUGCAUCUGAACCCGCCCUUGCUGAUGCAUCGAGCUCAGUAGCUGUCGCUUCUGAACCCGCCGCCGCUGACAGUUCAAACUCAGUAGUUGUUGCAUCUGAACCCGCCCCUGCUGAUGCAUCGAGCUCAGUAGCUGUCGCUUCUGAACCCGCCGCCGCUGACGGUUCAAACUCAGUAGUUGUUGCAUCUGAACCCGCCCCUGCUGAUGCGUCAAGCUCAGUAGUUGUUGCAUCUGAACCCGCCCCUGCUGAUGCAUCGAGCUCAGUAGCUGUCGCUUCUGAACCCGCUGCCGCUGACGCAUCCAACUCAGUAGUUGUUGCAUCUGAACCCGCCCCUGCUGAUGCAUCGAGCUCAGUAGCUGUCGCUUCUGAACCCGCUGCCGCUGACGCAUCCAACUCAGUAGUUGUUGCAUCUGAACCCGCUGCUGCUGACGCAUCGAGCUCAGUAGCUGUCGCAUCUGACCCCGCCGCUGCUGACGCACCGAGCUCAGUAGCUGUCGCUUCUGAACCCGCCGCCGCUGACGGUUCAAACUCAGUAGUUGUUGCAUCUGAACCCGCCCCUGCUGAUGCAUCGAGCUCAGUAGCUGUCGCUGCCGCUGAAGCAUCCAACUCAGUAGUUGUUGUAUCUGAACCCGCCGCCGCUGACGCAUCCAACUCAGUAGUUGUUGUAUCUGAACCCGCCCCUGCUGAUGCAUCGAGCUCAGUUGCUGUCGCUUCUGAACCCGCUGCCGCUGACGGUUCAAACUCAGUAGUUGUUGCAUCUGAACCCGCCUCUGCUGAUGCGUCAAGCUCAGUAGUUGUUGCAUCUGAACCUGCUGCUGCUGACGCAUCGAGCUCAGUAGUUGUUGCAUCUGAACCCGCCGCUGCUGAUGCGUCAAGCUCAGUAGUUGUUGCAUCUGAACCCACCCCUGCUGAUGCGUCAAGCUCAGUAGUUGUUGCAUCUGAACCCGCCGCUGCUGAUGCAUCGAGCUCAGUUGCUGUUGCUUCUGAACCCGCUGCCGCUGACGGUUCAAACUCAGUAGUUGUUGCAUCUGAACCCGCUGCUGCUGAUGCAUCUAGCCCAGUAGUUGUUGCAUCUGAGCCCGCCGCUGCUGACGCAUCGAGCUCAGUAGCUGUCGCUUCUGAACCCGCUGCCGCUGAUGGUUCAAACUCGGUAGCUGUCCCUUCUGAACCCGCUGCCGCUGACGCAUCGAGCUCAGUAGUUGUUGCAUCUGAACCCACCCCUGCUGAUGCAUCGAGCUCAGUAGCUGUCGCUUCUGAACCCGCUGCCGCUGAUGGUUCAAACUCAGUUGUUGUUGCAUCUGAACCCGCCACUGCUGAUGCAUCGAGCUCAGUAGUUGUUGCAUCUGAACCCGCCCCUGCUGAUGCGUCAAGCUCAGUAGUUGUUGCAUCUGAACCCGCCCCUGCUGAUGCGUCAAGCUCAGUAGUUGUUGCAUCUGAACCCGCCGCUGCUGAUGCAUCGAGCUCAGUAGCUGUCGCUUCUGAACCCGCUGCCGCUGAUGGUUCAAACUCGGUAGCUGUCCCUUCUGAACCCGCUGCCGCUGACGCAUCGAGCUCAGUAGUUGUUGCAUCUGAACCCACCCCUGCUGAUGCAUCGAGCUCAGUAGCUGUCGCUUCUGAACCCGCUGCCGCUGAUGGUUCAAACUCAGUUGUUGUUGCAUCUGAACCCGCCACUGCUGAUGCAUCGAGCUCAGUAGUUGUUGCAUCUGAACCCGCCGCCGCUGACGCAUCAAACUCGGUUGUUGUGGCAUCUGAACCCGCCCCUGCUGACGUAUCAAACUCAGUUGUUGUUGCAUCUGAACCCGCCGCUGCUGAUGCAUCGAGCUCAGUAGCUGUUGUAUCUGAGCCCGCCCCUGCUGAUGCGUCUAGCUCAGUAGUUGUUGCAUCUGAGCCCGCCGCUGCUGACGCAGCACCCCUUGAUGCAAGCGCUUCCUUGGAUGUUCCUCUUGAGCCCGUUCCCACUGAUGCCGUAGCAACUGACGCCUCGUCCGCCGGCGUAUCAGUAGACGCUUCAUCUGUCACAGUACCCAUUGACGCUAAUGCUUCGGUAGCCGUUCCUUCUGAUGUCGUUGGCCCAGUAGACGCAUCUGCUGUUGUAGUUUCGACUGAUGCAGUCCCUGCUGUAGAAACCGUGACUGAUGCAGUUCCCACCGACGUUGCUGGGGCACCUGUCACUGAGGCAGCAGUCAAUGUUAACUCUGAACCAGCUGUUGAUGCCGUAAACACAGUUACCCCUCAAGUUGCACAGGAAAAUACCAACACGCCUAUUGUACCUAAAUCAUUAAAUGGGGAGGAGUUAUAUCCAGUCCCCUUUGAAGCCGGUGCGUCUUUAUUGGAAGUAACAACACAGUAAUGAGGAAUUGUAUUAUAUUUGUAUAAUGUUAUAAUAAGAAUCAAUGUUUCAUGUUUAUUUAAUUAAAUAAGGUCUGGCAUUUUA